CUCGUUUUUCUUUUUUCUUUUUUACAAGUAUUUUUCCUUUUUGUCCAACAACACAUCCAUAAAUCAUGAUGAUGUCGAAUACGUUACCGUUAUGCUCAAGUCAGAAAAGACGCGACGACUACUUUCCACCCUCUCCUCCUUUAUCUACAACAGCCACGACGACGACAACAACAACAGACGUAAAGCAUAAACAACUUGAUCUUGAUAAAUUGAUACAGACUUAUGGAAAGCAGCCUGAAUUACUGGAAUUGAUUCUUUCUAGUAAAGUGGAAGAAGACAGACGACUUGCAGAAGAAGCCAAAUUGAAGAGAAAAGAGAUUGAUUACAUGCUGCACCGGAGACAAUCUUAUUCUCUGCAGCAGACACAACCCCAUUACCAUCCCUAUGCCUGUCGUAAAACAUCAGCGCCCCCCUCCUUGCUGCCAUCACUCACUCAUGCUACAGCUGCUACCACCACCGUUACCUCUUCCUCCUCUUCCUCCUCCUCCUCCACCACCACCACCCACAGCAACAACAGCUCUGAAGCAACCUCUUCCUCUGCUCUAUUACCGCCCAUACAACCACCAUCACAUUAUUUUAAAAGACCCAGUUAUGGUACCAACAGUCAUCCUACCAUGGAUAUGCUUUUGACACGUCCCUCCUCACCUCCGACACCAAGAUUGCCCGCAAUCUCCACUUUGAACACGACAGCAAUGAAUGGAAAACCAACUUUAACGACGACUGAAUCAUCCCCACGCUUUAUGAACCAAUCAAUUAUCCACGCACCCUCUACCACGAGUAGGCCACCUACCCUCCUUCAUCCAAGGUCGCAUUUGAACGUAACAGAAAACUUGGUCUCCGCGGGUCAUCCUCCUCCUCCUCCUCCUGCGCCUCCUUCUUAUCAUCCACUACCCACGAGUCGUUAUCCUAAUGCUGGUGGUGGUAAAAAACCACCCAUGAAACGCCAACGACGGGAAAUGCAAGCCAUUUCUACCAUCCUUGAGACCAGAGAAUUCCCGUACAAUGAUGACUAUCUCUGGAAGAACAAUGGCAACACGGUGCAUAAAAAGACAGGUUUCAAAAGUAUAUACUACAAAUGCUCCAACAGUAUCAAAGGUUGUUCUGUCAACAAGACGGUGACCUUUAAGGAAAAUGGUCAAUAUCUCAUUAAAUACAGGGGCCAACACUUGCCAGAAUGCCAUCGGAUCAAGCGAAUUUCUGAUUUAUAGAAGCAAAACAAAAACCCAACCCUUUUGCGUCCUUUUACGACCUUUCUUUCUUUCAUCCGUAAAAUGUAUACCCCUCCUCUUUCCUCAC